AACUGCUCCCCAGAAAACGUUAUCUCAUAAACGGAAUAUUAUUUAUCACCUGAGGUAAAGGACAGGCAGAAACAUAUCUGUAGGUGUUGUCUUACCUUUGCCUCGUCCAGUUUGUUCAUCAUAAACAGCUUUUACUAUGGACGAAUAUGACAGUUAUGUAACGGUGGCCGGGUUUGUCAGUCACCUGUAACAGACUAGUUACCGAACAGUAACCAUAGCUACGGACCGUGGUCUUCUGCAAAAUUUAUCUAUGGUCUCAGAAAAUAUAUGUCAACAUGAGACUCACAAUUUUGUUGUCAUGUCUGCACAUCGCCGCUGUUUUAGCUCAAGGAAACAUUUCUUGCAAGAUUCCAGCAGUGGAGAGUAUGGCGCCGACUUCGCUAACCUGUAUUUUUCCGGAGGACGUCCGUUUGAAACGAACAGAUUUCUCUGUGCAUCAUGCAAACCGUACGGAAAAACCAGUUCUCGACUGUUUGUGGGUACAAGAUAACUUGGAAUGUUUCAACACAGCGGGUUAUGAGUUUAACCGUACAGUGACCAACAAAUUGACAAUCUGGAUACCUCGUGCCUAUCCUAACAUGACAGGGGAAUAUUAUUGUAAAUUGGCUGAUAGUACUGCUUUCAACAUUCAACAUUGUCAGCUAGUUUUGACUGACGAGACACACAGAAACGUCGACGAACAGGAAAGUAAAGCUUUGAUUAUUGGACUUUCAAUGGGACUAUCAACUUUAUUUGCCAUAACACUUCUUCUUGUAUUCCUCUUACUGAAACGACGAAGAGUGUCAAAAAAUCCGCCAACAUCGCUGGAAGAAGAGCAAAGCAGGCCACUUGUGCCAAUAAAUAAAGGAAGCGAUAGGCUGCUUCAAGAAAGAACCAUACAAAUGUAUCCCAAAAUGCACGAGGCCUUCUAUUUUGUUCCUCCAAUCUACUUCAAUAAAACUCUGUAUAAAAAAGAAACUGUGGCUGGUGAAGAAGUCUACAUCCCUCAGAAGAGCUCCCCAGGCGACAUCAGCCACGACCGAGCAAUGCAGCAUGUACUGAAUUGUUUACGACAAAUCGCAGAACAAGGACAGGAACAAAUGUUUGUCCUGACACAGUUCCAGUACAGAGACUACUUGCCCAAUCUACCAGAAGAUGCCAAAUGUUUUGAUUUUCUCAUUGUGCAUCGAAAACACGGCGUGGUGAUUGGGGUGGUCAAGGCAGUCAGCGAUAAGAAAGAUAAAACUAAAAAAGAUGAACAAACGACAGAUAAAAGUAUUUUGACACAAAUUGCUGAAGCUGUAAAGCAGCUAAACUAUGCUGAUCAAAUGAUACGAAGUAUCUCACCGGAUCUUAGCAAGGUUUCUAAAAUUUGCAAAACAGUGAUGCUACCCAAAUUGACUAUCUCAUCGCUUAAACGGGCUGUAAACACAGAUCAUGACCUGACUUCGAAAUUGCGCAGGUGUUUUGGCCCGGAAGGGCUAUCUGACCCCACUGAGAUGUGUCUGUGUUCUGAGCAUCUCGCAGACGAGAACGAAAUGUUGGAUGACAAAGCUGUUAGUAACAUACGACAGAUUUGGAAAUGGACCACAAGCGAUACAGAUGGUGUUGAUAUGAGUAGAGAACUUCAUCUGGACUUAGUAGCGAGGUUGUGUGGUCCAUCCACCCAGUCUUCGCUUCAAGUUCCAGAAGGCUAUGAAGGCUUCAAGCUGCCCAAGACUCUGGCUGAUGCCGUUUCCUUAACAGGAGAUUUAUACCAACGUUCAAUGCUAGAUCAAGAUAUGAUCGAACUAUUGAAUCAUCGAACAGUGUUCCUUGCUGGAACACCAAACACUGGUAAAACAAGAAUGCUCACUCUCGUUGGAAGAAAAUGUCUUAUCGAUGGAUAUACAAUUUUCAUUAUUAAGGACAGCUCUUCUAAGAAUGAUGCAUUUCUUUCACAAUACUUGAAAAAACAGUCAACGGAAGACCGCAUUGUUGACGAAGAAUGUGAUUUUAAGUCUCAAAAUCAGAGACAGAAAUGUAUCGAGAGAAUCAUCAAGGAAAAAGGGGAUAAAACAUGUAUUCUUGUUGAUGUCGCGCACCUAAAAGGGAAACAUGUCGACCAAUUCUGUGAAAAUCUUCAGAAAAAAAUUAAGCCAGACCUCUUCUUGUGGGUCAGCUGCAACGAAGGUACGUGUCCACCAUUAGGCGUAGGACGCCGUGUCAAAAAGAUUCUGAACUGCCCCCCAGCUGUGAUGAGAGAAGUGGCAAAGGCAAAGGUGUAUUCCACCACAGAUGUGAACGCAGAUGACAAGAAUGAGUACCUGCUGCCUACAGACGGGCCGCCAGUCGUGUAUGUCCCACACACGGUGUCCUGCAACUGCUUGGUCCAUAAUUGUGAGAAGUGCGGGCGAGCUGUAGGCGAAUUUCUGUCCGAAAAUCUUCUUAAUUGCAGAAAAGAUGAAUCUAGAAGCGGAACAGAUGAAUUUUCACCUCUGCGGUUUGAAGACUGUCUCAUUUUAUUUGAAGAAGACUUUAAUAUCACAAAAGAAAACAAUUUCCUUAAAGGCCUGGUGACGUUCCAUAUCAACGUAGAUGUUGUCAACAAAGAAGAAAGUAUCGUUGCUGCAAAUGAUGACAGCGUGUUGGCCAUGAGCGUCUCUCAAAUGCAAAGAUGCAGAAUGAAAAGAAAAAUAGUCGUUUAUGUGGAAUCAUAUGUAAGAGUCGCCAAAGACAAAGAAAACAAACAGCGAGCUCUCACAAGCUGCACGUCUCAGCUUAUUUUGGUGCAGCCAACAAUAGAGAACAAUUCCUUCUUCACAAGAAUAAAAUCCUUUGCAUUUCAAAAUGAUUAAAGAGAUAUAUUUAAAACUAUUUUGAAACAGAAAUAUUUACUGCACACAGUUUUAUUUAGUUAAGAUAUAUACAUAAAGUUCCCCUUAAAAACAGACCAAUAUUUCGUUUUGCAAUAACGUUCGAAUUCUAUAAAGUAUAAUUAUUAUUUUGGUUCCUUAAGUUAAUAGUUUGUUUCAUUCUGGCUGUUGUUCGUAUAAUCCAAAAAGCAUUAACAUUAGAAGUAAAGUUAAUGGAAAAGCUCCAUGGUAAAGCAAGCUCUGAUUCAUAGCAAAACGCAACCAACAAUUCAUCUAUGGUUGAACAGGUGGACUUUGGAGUGUACACUAUUUGCAGUUCAUAAUACUUCCGCCGACAGGUAUCGCAUACCUUUUCAACUCAAAUACACCUUCCCGUUCGUCCUUUUUAUAGUGGUAACAUGGUCAAUGCAAGCUGAUCUACAAUUCAUGCGUAUAAUAUCAUUCUAAUAUAUUCUUGGUGUUCAACAUUCACUGUCUUAAACAUGUAUACUCUAGUAUUUCAGUGUGAUUACUAUUUAUGUACUUUUUCACAUCAUCGUCGCCAUUACCAUCGUUACUAUCAUUAUUAUGUUGCAUUUUUUGUAAAUACCUUUUGUUUAGUAUGUUUUGCUUUAACAUUAAUUUUUUAUGAAUAAUUAAAAAAAUAAUCAUGUUAAUGUACACACAGAUAUUUAUUAUAUCACAAUUUUCACCAAAGAAAUAAGGAGUGUAAACGUCUGUAUUUGAAUAAACAAAUGCUUUUUGCUAAGUUUAUAUUCAAAUUUCAAAUGUAAUUUAAAUUGCAGAAUUUGAACAUUUGAAACUGUGUCAUAUUUCAUACCCUGCAUCAUUUCUAUCAGAGAUGUAUGUUGUAAAGGUUAAAGAAGGCGUUCCAAGACAAGGAACUGCAUAUGAAUAAAUGAAAAACAAGUG